GGAAAUUGUAAACAAAAAGGGCAUUUAAACUGCAGACGGAGAAGAGAAGGGAGUGGCUAAGAAAGGGCAGAGAUCCUCGUCCCCCUUGAAGACCCCCCAGGGUAUGGGUGUCAGCCCAUCAACUCUACCCCCAGACACCACUGUGCCUUUUUGCAAGCUUCAUCACGCAGGCGGCUAACUUGAACUGGUUCUUCUGACUCUGACUAUGAAAGAAUACGUCAUGAGAGAUUCAUCCUCCCUUACCUCCACGGCGACCCCAGAUCAUCUAUCUGAAGAACUGUCGACUCUGCUGUCUGCAAUGGCAGCAGAAGAACAAGAAGAAUACCGCCACCACCACCACGACCAACAGAAGAACAACUUCGCCGAGUCCCUUCCACCAGAGAUGAGCGUACGUAUCUUCAGCGAGCUGGACGUGCACAGCCUGUGCCAGGCCUCCCUCACCUGCCAGCAGUGGCACCAGCUCAUCGAGGGCAAUGACCACUUGUGGCGUCCACACUGCCUCACGGUACUCGCCCUGUGCAGCAGGGAGGUCACCGGGGACCGCCAGGAUGGCCUGUCCUGGAAGGUGACCCUUGUGCGUAACUACCAGAAGAACCGUGUCAAGAGGAACUGGAUGAAGGGUCGCUUCAGUCACGUGCGGUCCGCCGACCAGCUGCCCCGCCACAGCAUGUACCCCUUCGACGUGGAGACCUGGGGGGAGAUACUGGAGGCCGAGCUGGAGAGAUGACCAGCGAUGCUGCUGGUGCUGAUGCUGCGCUUGAUCAUUAUUGGACAGCUGGAACGAGAGAAAAUGUAUAUAAUGUGUCUGCAUGUGUAAAAAUGAAUGCCUGAAACACCAGGGGCUCAUACUAAGAAGCGUGUUCAGGAGGAAAACAGGUUAAGUUAAGAGGUAAAUCAUCUAAUAGAGGAGCCUGGAGUCCUCAUUCUUAAGAAAAUGAGGACCCCAGGCUCUUCUAUUAGAUGAUUUAGCUCUUAACCUACCUUAGCCCCAGUUUACUCCUGAACCAGCUUCUUAGUAAAGGCCCCAGAUGAAACCUUUGAGUGAUUUGAGUGGGAUUUCAGUUUUUUAUCACCAGCAUUUUUGUAAUAUACAGUAUAUCCAGACAGUGGGGGAGAUGGAUGCCCUGGUUGAGUGGACCAGUCAUAAUCAUGUGUAUGGUGAGGCGCACCUAGGGAACCGUAAUGAACCGGCAUUUAGAAAAAGAGGUAUACAGCAAUACAGGUGACAUCUGUGUGUCAAUGAUUCACUGUGAUCACUGAUCAGAGACACCUUUUUGGUGUGAGUGUGGGUGUGGGUGUGUGGAUGCCCCCAGUCACCAGCAUAUCUUGUAAAAUAUAAAAGAUUGGCGUGUUAUUUGUGUGAAAGAUUGACUUUGAUUAUGCCUGUAAGACUUUUUAUGUUUUUUUUUAAUUAUUAUUAUCUUAAUGAGACCUAGUCUGUCUUGAUUUUUUAUGUAAAUGACAAAUUAUUUUGAAAAGAAUUAUAAGAGAAUUUUGUGCAUCUCUAACAUUUUUAAGUGGCACUUAUGUGGCAUAAUAUGAUAUGGCCUAUUUAUGUAUUUAUACUUUUUAAAUGGUUUGGUAAUUAUGGUUUUUGUUUAAUCAUGGUGUAUGGAAAACUACGACAUGCAGCAACAGAUAAAAAGUUAACUAUUGCA